GCGACUGAUACCGAGGACCCCGAAGAGGAGCUGCUUGCUGAUGGUGCAGACGGUCUCCUUGACGAGUUCCUGGUUGAAGGCGAUGGUCUUGACGACGGAGCCGAUGAGGGCAGUGUUGCGGCCCACCCCGUGGAGCCGACUCAGGAGACGAGGUCUCCGAUUCGACCUGGCCGGUCGGGGCCCCGCAGCUCAGGCUCUACUUCUUCGUCUCGACCGACGCCCUCUCCUUUGAAGGCCUCUCCUGGUGCUUCCUCGGAAGCGACUAAGGCGCAGAGGAGGCCAAGAGGAAACUUGCCCGCGGCCCCGGUCUUCGACGGGGACAAGAAGAAGGACCCGAAGUGCUUCCGGAAGUUCGUGCUGAAAGUAGACAGCUAUGUGGAGAUAGCCAAGAAUAUCAUCGACGAGAGCGAGAUAGGCUUGAGGCUCCACGCGGCUUUGGAAGGCGAUGCGGCGGACUACCUGGAGGACAUCCCUGCCAAGACUUUCGGCACCAAGGAAGGCUGGAAGGUGCUGCUUCGUGUCCUUAAGGAAAAGUUCGAUGAGCGAAGGAUGCACAAAGUGGGCAGCGCUAUGAAGGGCUUCUUUCGCCUCGACGUGGCCGGCAAGAGCAUGACGAUGAUCGAGGUUGCCGAUGCUAUGGACAAGGCGGCCCGACGUUGCAAAGAAGCCGGGCUAGUGAUACCCGACGAGGUGAUGGUGUACUUUCUCUUCGAGCACACCAACAGCAGCCUAGAGCGACAAGCCAACGUGCUCCUCCGCACCACGGGCGAGUACAACUGGAAGAAGGUGAAGCAAGCGAUCGAGCUCUUGUACCCGACGGUGCAGGUGCGCUCCGGACGGGAACCUGGACGAGACGGUCAUCGAGAUCAACGCGCCGGUGGUCGAGCAAGGGGUGCUCACGAGACAAGGUGGGAAUAUGAUCCCGACUGGCGUUUGCCAGCCAGUGGCGCGACUGAGGAGCAGGUCGCUAACUGGCUCCUCGACCACGACCCCGCGGAGAUGAUCGCCGAGCAGGACAUGGACGAGCUCCCCGAGGACCUGGCCAGGUCACUGCACUCCGUGAUGGCGACCCACCGCGAGAACAGGCAGAAGCUGGCCCGCGCAGUCCAAGCCCGCGGCUUCUACGUGAAUGGAGGCAAGGGCAAGAAGGGCUCGAAGGGCGGCGGUGGAAAAGGCCAGGGCAAAGGGAAAGCCAAAGGCGGAGGCAAAUCCUCCAAAGGCGGCGGCAAGACCCGCGGCGGCAUGACGCUCGAUGAGUUGAAGGCCGUUACCGUGUGCGGAGAUUGCGGCCAAAAAGGGCAUUGGCGUGGGGACGCAGCCUGCAACGCCAAGAAGGUCAACGAGGUUGCCCGACACGAAGCCGAAGACGACGAUGACGACGGCGGCGCCGACGGUCUGGAGGACUGGUAUGGCUACGGCGAGGAAGGCGACGAUGACCAAUGGAUGGCCGAGCGCUACGGCUACGUGGUUACCCGAGGCGUGCAAGCGGCCACCAGGACUAUGUCAUCGCCCCCGACGCCGCCGAUUACACGACCGACUCCGGCGUCUACGGCUUCCCCGGCGGCGGCCAAGAACGAAGCAGUCCGGCUGGCACGCGGCGUGAACAAGGUGCGGGCCAAGGCUGGACAGGCGAACGAGGUGACGGUCUCGGCCGUCGAAGAGGCACUGCGCUCAGACGAUUUCUUUGCCAGCGCGGAGGUGACGCGGCGCAUCAAGGAGGCGCACAAGCCGACGAUGAGCCGGAGCUCUGCGCCAGAGGCCGUCGAGAAUGCGAUGCGGUUCUUUGGCAUCGCUCCGGUGCACUCCGACGGUGGCCUUCGCGACUUCCUGCAGGACAGUGGCGGCAAGGACGACGAGACCAUCGACCUGGACAAGUUGAGGCGUACUUUCGCCGCGCGCCGAACGCACUGGAUUUUCUCCACCCACCGUGCGCUCCCCGAGACCGCGUACAACAAGGACUACUUGACCAUCGACACGGCGUGCGAGAACACGGUGGUUGGGAAAAGACUUCUUGACCGCGUCCUUCGGCGUUGGCAGGACGACUUUGGCCUGGUGCCGAAGGAGGAGGCCGAGAACGAGUUCUACUGCUUUGGCCCCGGCGAGCCCAAGCGAUCCACUAUGAGAGUGCAUUUGCCGAUCGGGCUCGGCGGCCAAGCGGUGGUGAUCUCUACUUCGGUCAUAGACGACAGCGACCUCCACGAGAUCCCCUUCCUGGCCGGACAGGAUUUCCUCACUUUCUCCAAGGCGGUGAUCGACAUGGGCGAGCGCCGCGUGACGUUCCCCGCUUUGGGUGGUGUGACGGUGCCCGCUCUACUUGAUGCCACGGGCCACCUGGUGCUUGAGCUUGAUGAUUUUCCCGAUGGUGGCUGGCCUGCCGGCCUUCGCCCCGACUUUUCGGCUUAUGCCGGCAUGAUCUUCGCAGGCACCGCCCGCACAGGGUGCCGUGAUGUUUCUCAAGGGCAACGUCUCACAGAGCCAGAGCCCUCCGCGGACCAGGAAAAGUACACGGACCUUCCUGUGAUUUCCGAGCGCGUGUCCCAGCAGCUGACCCACAAGUACGAGCCCAAUCUAGAUGACAUGAAUAGUGACUUGCAGCCCUUCAAGUGCACACUUCCUGUUGAUCAUUGGCAGUUUUGCGUGGACACUGGCAUGCAUGUACGACACCACCUUAGGCCACGGACUAGCCUCUUUGAGCUUCACGAGGUUGCCGAUGGUCCCGAGGCGAGGUGGUUACGAGGGGAACGGGUCACAAUCAUUCAUGGUGUCUCCGAGCCUUUGUGGGACCUUUGGGGCACGGGGGCACGAUUGCAGCAUCUUCCUGUCAGUUGGACUGGGAUGACUAUUUUUAUCAAUGCUGACGGUGCUUGGCCUCAUGACCUUCCUGUGGCUAGGGCGAGUUCUGCUGUUUCAGUCAAGGGCCCCAACGGUGACUUUGUUUUGGUACCGCCUGCUAGCUUGCUGCCGGUAGAGACCACUAAGAAGGUGUUGCAGUUUGACGUUGGAGCUCGAGGCAACAAGGACCCCGAGAUACCCGCCACAAGAAGGACAGGUGACUUCCAGAUGCCGUCGCAGUUUUUGGCUGAGCGCCCUCAAGAGCGAUAUCAUUAUGCAAGGGUGCUCAUGCUGUGCGACCAGAUCAGCCGCAUGGAGGUCUCCACCAACUUUGUGAGGAGCAUGCGGUUCCGAGCCCCGGCGCUGACGGCUUACGCCGAGGUCUUGGCCGAGGAGGAGACCCAGCACUUGUUGUCGGUGGCGCCCACCAACCAGAGGCUCCAGAGCAAGAAGCCGGUCAACCCGAACUAUCCGGUGAACCUCCACAUCUGCGACCACCCGGAGGACGCGAGCAGACGGCAUGGGAACAAACACGGGAGGUUUCGCGACUGCCUGCUGUGCGGCAUGGUCUUCAAGGCGAUGCCGGCCGACUACGUGGUGCCGAUCUCCGGGGACAAGGCGCAGCAAGCCGGGCGGCAAGGUGACGGACACGCCGGCGGGGAGAGCACGAAAGCGGAACUCAGCCGGCACGGGAUCCUCAAUAAGCUUGUCCGACUGCUAUUCGUGCUCGGCUCGUGCCUCUACAGCAGCGGCAUCCAGCGCCUCCCCGCCGACGAGCUGGCGACCAUAUCCCACAACGUCUUCGGCACCUCCGGCGGCGACACCUUCUUCGCGAACCGCGCCGGCCCCGCCUUUGCCCCUGACGGACAGGGAGCCGGAGCAACAGCAGGUGAUGGAGUGGGAGACGGUGUCCGUGUCCAGCACGGACGUCUGAAGCAGUUGCGGCCGGGACAGCGACGCCGCAUCGUUCACCGAGCUCGUGAAGCACUGGAGUCCAGCCGGGCCCAGAAGGACAUGGUGAGUCAGCGGGCCGCCCAGAGACCACGGCGACUUCUUCGGCGGCACCACGACCUCCUGGAGCUCUACUUGGACGAGGCCUGGCUGACCAAACGAGCUGUGGGACGCUGGGGGCUUCAAGCUAUGGAGCCGUUGAGCUUACUUCCUGGACGCGGCCAUGACCUUCGGCUUCCCUCUGGCCGUCGAUGGCUUCUGGAACGGCUCGAUGUCUGGGACCCCGGCUUGGUCUACAUGAGCUACCCAUGCCUUCGGUGGGCACCGUUGGCCAAACCGGUGGCCCAGGACGAGGAGGACGCAAAGGCCACAGGUGCAACUCUACGCGACAAGGAGCUGGACUUCUUAGCCUUUUGCGAGGCCGUGGCUGAAAGCCAAGCCCGACGAGGCGGUCACAUGGUGGUGUGCGCUCCUGUGCCCCUAUCGCAGUGGCCUGGGGGCCGCAUUGGCGGGUCCUACCACGAGGUGCUCCUCGACUUGCGGAAGUUGGUUGUCAACAACGGCGUGGUCGACAAGGCUGGGGACACAAAGAACGACGAGCAGCUGGUGCGACACUUGGUCUCGGACGUCUCUUUUGUGUCCUUCCUCUCGGAACUGAACCAGGGGCACAGCAACGACGCCGGGUUCGAGGAUGCCCUUUGCCGGGCCUACUGGGACCUCUUCGUCGCGGACUCCUUUGGCACGACCCUCGACUACGACAUCGAGUUGCGAGCGGGGACUGGCCAUCGGAAAGUGUACUUUGUGCGCGCCAACGAGGACGAAGAUAAGUGGAAGCCUGUGCUAGAGCAAGCCCUGGAGAUCCUUGGCCGCAAGGUACAGCACAACAUCUUCCUUGACCCAGAGACCGACCUCUACAAGAAGAUCGUCGAGCUGGUGCCUUGGGAGAUACACAACGUGCAAAUAGCCUACCUACCCAAGGCUAAGCGAGUUCGGCCAGGGUUGGAGCGAGACCAUAGGCUCUCGGUCAUCAUGCACAACGACGACACGAUCACGAUCGAGCAGGAGGAGCUACCGAACGUACAGGCACCUCGCGAACGUUUUGUCCUACCUGCACGUGUCGGCGUCUUCGUGCUUGGCCGCGCGCCCGGUGAACCAGGGGCCGCGGUGCCCGCUGCUCAGCAUGGGGUGCAACGACUUCCUCCACAACCUGGCGAAACCGCAGAGGACCCCGAGCUCGAGAUCAUGCAGGAGAUCGGGCUCGUCCGGGAUGACUACUCGGAUGAGGUCUGGUUCGUGGGCCCUCCUCUGACUGCAGAGCAAAAGAAGUUGGCACCUUUUGUGGUGAAGGCCCACCGGAACCUUGGACAUCCCCGGGCCGAGGACCUUACGAGAGCUUUGGCCCAGAACGCAAAGGUGCAGCCGGAGGCCGUGACUUUGUCCAGGCGGCUCCGCUGUGCCACUUGUGAACGUACCAAACGUCCUCUACCACCAAGGCCUGCUUCCUUCAAGGUGCUCGGCUCCUUCAACGACCGCGUGUGCCUUGACCUGGUGCACUUGAGAGACGCCAAGAACCAACCGCAUUGGUUUUUGCACGUACUGGAACCCAACGGGAGCUUCAACGUCUUCUACCCGAUCAACAGCCGGGAGCCCGCCCACGUGCUGGAAGUAUUCACCAACGUCUGGAUGAGUUGGGCCGGGCCCCCUACACGAGCCUGGCUGGAUCGAGACGGGGCGUUUGAAGCUGAGUUUCUUGAUCGACUACAAGCACUGGGUACAGAAGUAGACAAUCCGGCGGCUGAAGCUCACUGGCAAGCCGGCGAGGUGGAGUCCUUCAACCGCGCUUUCAAAUACGUGGCGGUGAAGCUGAUCGACGAGAAGCAGCUCGCCGGACCCCUGGAGAUGAAGCUCCUCGCCGCCGAGGUAGGACAGUGUAUGAACGAGAAAGUCAGAACUUCGGGUUGCUCGGCCUACCAAUGGGUAUUCGGAAAAAACCCACGGGUCCCGUGCGACCUGCUGUCCCCAGACGGCAAGCUCGAGGCUCUUCAAGGUCUUGACCAUGAUUCAGAGCUACGUCUUCGCGCUUGGAUCAGGUCGCAGGCUGACGGCAAGUUGGCUGAGUUCAGGACCAACGAGGCCUUACGCAACGCCGUGAUCAGGAUGCCCAGACCACCGAGGCAUCACUAUGAACCUGGCGACUUGGUGGCCUUCUGGCGGAACGCCAAAACACGCCGGGGAAAACGAGUUCCCCCCGGGUGGUUUCGUGCCACCGUGAUAGGCCCUCACAAAGGCGACGCAAGCCAAAGCAAUUUUUGGGUUACUUCGGGCGGUCGUUGUGUGCUCGUUUCCAAGGAGCAGCUGCGGCCAGCUUUCGGCACAGAGCUCUGGCGGGUUCAAGAGCGCGACCUCGAGAACGUGAUCCAGAUGCCCCCCGACCGGUACUACGACGAGGUCGGCGAAGGCCCCGCCGAGGACGACGCCACCGCCGAACAGCCGGGAGAGGUCAUGCCGAUGUACGAGGCCGAAGCGGACGAGUCCUGUGACUAUUCCCCUUCCAUGCCUGAAGAAGAAGGAGAACGAAGCCAGGACGAAGGAGACGGCGCCGAGGGAGGCGCAGCCGCGCCCUCUAAAGAUGGUUCGGACCGGACACAGCCCUCUCCAACAGCGGCGCCAAGGGCUACGACCGCAGCUCCUGGAACCCCUGUGGCGCACCUCUUCGACAACCAGCAGUGGCGGCAGAGACCAGACAACGAGGAGGCACAAGAACCGGAAAGCAAGAAGCCUCGGCUCGAACAAGAAGAGGCCGUAGCGUCUGCUCUUGAAGCUCACCGACGUUCCGGUCCCUACCUGCCGCUCACCUUCGAGGAGAAGUUCGCCAACCCCAGGGACAAGUUCGCCAAGGAGGUCUUCUACGCGAAGAAGUACGUGAGCUCUGCUUGGGUCACUCGCAAGGACCAGAAGGCACUGGAGAAGGAGAUCCCUCGGCAUCUUAUCCCCGAGGACCAGCAGCACUUGUAUGAGGAGGCACGCCAGAAAGAGUGGAACACUUGGAAAAAGUUCGAAGCUGUGAGGCCACUCGACCUGCAAGCGAGCCAAUGGGUGGAACAAUACGUCGAUCCUUCCCGCGUGCUCAAAACCAGGUUUUGCUACAGGAACAAGAACGCGGCUUACCCUUGGAUGGAGGUCAAAGCUAAGGCUAGACUAGUUUGUCGAGGAGACCAGGACCCAGAUCUCCUGACUCUGCGUCGGGACGCCCCGACUUUGACAAGGGUUGGCCUCAUGAUCAUCCUUCAGGUUGCCGCUUCCUUUGGCGAUUUCUUCCUCUUCAACAGCGACAUCACUGGUGCGUUUUUACAAGGCAGCCAGGAGCUCUCGAACCGCAAGGAGCAGUUGUUUCUCAAACAACCGGCCGAAGGGCUCCCUGGGUUACUGAAAGGGCAGAUCCUACUGGUGAUCCGCGGCAUCUUUGGGCUGGCGAACUCACCACGGCUCUUUUGGCGACACCUUCGCGACACUUUGCUGCGGCUCGGUUUCGUCCAGAGCUGUCUGGAUAAGGCUCUGUUCAUGUUCUACCGUGCCGGUAGACUGGUGCUCAUCCUGGGCACCCAUGUCGACGACCUGAUCGGUACCGGCCAGCCAAGGACAGCCGACGACAUCCUGGAACAGGUCAAGAAGGAGUUCGACUUUGGUGCCUGGGCCGACAGCCGAACCGAGCCUGUGUUGGAAUACGGUGGCAAACAGAUUCGCAAAGUCAACGGCAAGGUUGAGCUCAGCCAGGAGAAGUUCAUCAAGGCCUUAGCUGUGGAGCCAAUCCCUCGGUGGAGGACAGUGACACCCAACGCCGAGCUUCUGCCGAAGGAGCUAACCGAACUUCGUUCCGGCGGCGGGUGCUUGCACUGGCUCACAGGACAAACGAGGCCAGAUCUCGCUGCUGCAACCUCCCUGGCUAUGUCGGGGAAGCCAACUGUGUCCCACUUGCAAGAGGUGAACCGCUUGCUGAAGGACGCCAAGGCCUCUGAGGACUGGAAGUUGACUUUCGCUCCAGUACCGUUGCAGACUGCGAGGAUCGUUGCUUACACCGACGCUAGCUGGGCCAACCACGAGGACUUGCGUUCCCAGGCCGGCUACCUGGUGUUCGUGACGGGCCAGAACGUCUUCACCGUCGAGGGCGACAGCGCUUCACUGGUGGAGUGGCGCUCCCACCGCAUCCAGAGGCGGUGCCGCAGCACUUUGGCUGCAGAGACAAUGUCUAUGGACGCCGGCUUCGACGCAGCAAUCUUCGUACGUGAGCUCUUGGCCGAGGCUUUGCUCGAAACGUACCGGCCCACACAAAGCGGCCGACUUCCUGAGUGGUUCUUGCCGCCCCACGUGGUCACAGACUGCCGCUCUUUGUACGACUUGGUGACCAAAGACGGGCCCCUAGGAGCUACUCAAGAAAAGCGCUUGACUCUGGACAUCGGCGCUAUCCGUGAAUCAGCCGAAGAGCUAGACCGCGACUGUGAGAAUCUCAAGGAAACCUUCCGCUGGGCAGACUCCGCGAGCCAACUCGCCGACCACUUGACCAAGAAGAAGCCCAGCUGGCAGUUGAGGGACGCUCUAGGCCUUAACCGCUUGAGCCUCAAGAAAGUUGAGCCUGCAGAUACGAAAUCAAAUCCGUGA